AUGGCUUUCAAAGAUCGCCCACUGUCUCCAACUGACGCCCAGUUUGACUUGGUGUCAUCCAUUCGGGAAGCCAUCCUUCGGUCCUCGGUGGAUUGGUCGCCCCAGCACGUGUAUGGCCAUCUCGACAAGUCCAAUCUCUUUCACAAACUUUCUUGGUGGGAGAAACGGAACCUUGAGGUGGAUAGAAUGGCGGUGGAGUACCGUAAGGAACUUGAGACGGCCAAUCAUCUCAUAGCCCCCAAUCCUCGUUUCUUCACUGAGCUUGCGGCAUUGGACAAAGGUACUAUCUCGGCCGCAGCCGAGUCUGAGAUCGCCUGGGACACACUUGGCCGAGCCAUGCGAUCCCUCCCUGCAGGAUUACAAAGGUGGUCUACUAAACAUUGUGUGGGCAUGUGUGGCACAGGUAAAUUUAAAGUUCUAUGGGGUUUGGAGACAUUGGCAGCUUGCCCGCGCUGUGGCGACUUCGAGGAUCAUCUUCAUGUUCCCCGUUGCCGCGCUGCUUCAGCAACCGCUGAAUGGGACCGUCGCACUGCAGCCUUCUCCGCGUGGCUGGACCUGCAAUUGACGGGCCCUUCCAUCACAACAGCAAUCCCACAGCUUCUUCACGGCGUUCGCACACCUACUUCGUCCCCUCUAAGUACCAUCUCUCCUUCGGUUCGGCAGGCCUUCUUGGCUCAGCAGGUGAUUGGGUAG